GCGGACCGUACCCUCCGGCGCACCGCUCUCCUUCGCAACUCCAUCUCCAUCUCCAUCUCCAUCCACCGCGCCCCCAAAUCGCACGGCCCCCCGCCUUCCUCCCCAUUCGCGCCGAUCGAAUCCCGAAUCGUCGGCGGCGAUGAGCGUGGUCGGCUUCGACGUCGGCAACGACACCCUGGUGGCGGCGGCGGCGCGGCAGCGGGGCAUCGACGUGCUCCUCAACGCCGAGUCCAAGCGCGAGUCCCCCGCCGCCGUCGCCUUCUCCCACAACGCGCGCCUCAUCGGCUGCCACGCCGCGUCCGCCUCCUCCGCGCACGCCCCCUUCUCCAGCGUCAAGCGCCUCCUCGUGGGGGCCACGGGGAGGCACCCGGACGCCUCCCUCCACCGCGACCUGCCCCGCCUCCCCUUCCCCGUCUCCACCGGCGACGGCGGCGCCGUCGUCCACGCCGACCACGUCGGCCGCCGCAUCGCGCUCUCACCGACCCACCUCCUCUCCAUGCUGCUCGCCUACCUCAAGCAGCUCGCAGAGUCCGACCUCGGCGGCGUCCCCGUCGCCGACUGCGUGAUCUCCGUGCCCUGCUACUUCACUCAGGCCCAGCGCCGCGCCUACCUCGACGCCGCCGCCGUCGCGGGGCUCAGACCGCUCCGCCUCAUGCACGACCUCGCCGCCACCGCGCUUGGCUACGGCCUCUACCGCUCUGACCUCGGCGGCGCCGGGGGACCCACCUGCGUCGCGUUCGUCGACGUCGGCCAGUGCGACACGCAGGUCGCGGUCGUCUCCUUCGACGCGUCGGGGAUGAAGGUGCUGUCUCACGGCUUCGAUGCGGACCUCGGGGGCAGGGACUUUGACGAGGUGCUGUUCGAGCAUUUCGCCCAGGAGUUCAGGGACAGGUACAGGAUUGAUGUCGUGGGGAAUGUGAAGGCCAGUAUGAGGUUGAGGGCAGCUUGUGAGAAGGCGAAGAAGGUUCUGAGCGCAAAUGCGGAGGCUGUGGUGAACAUUGAGUGCCUGAUGGAGGAGAAGGAUGUGAGGGGGGUGAUCCGAAGGGAGGACUUUGAGAAGCUAUGUGCCAGACUGCUGGAGAGGGUUGUUGAACCUUGCAAGAGGGCGGUGGCAGAUUCAGGGGUUGGCUUGGAGAGGCUGCAUUCUGUGGAACUCGUUGGGUCAGGUUCUCGGGUGCCUGCCAUUGCCAAGGUGCUUGCGGGAUUCUUCAGAAGGGAACCUAGUCGCACGCUCAAUGCUAGUGAGUGUGUGGCUCGGGGAUGCGCAUUGCAAUGUGCAAUGCUUAGUCCUACAUUCCGUGUUCGGGAAUACGAGGUGCAGGAUGCAAUCCCUGCUUCCAUUGGAUUUUACACUAGUGAUGGCCCAGUUUCAACAUUGUCAAGUGAUGUAUUGUUCCGGAGAGGCCUUCCCUUUCCCAGUGUUAAGAUCAUUACUCUACACAAGAAUUGCAGUUUUAGCUCUGAUGCAUAUUAUGCGGAUGCAAAUGAAUUGCCCCCUGGUACCUCGACAGACAUCGGUACUUUUCAGAUUGGCCCAUUCCAAGCACAUACGGAAGCUUCUAAAGUCAAAGUAAAAAUUCGUUUGAAUUUACAUGGUUUGAUUUCAGUCGAAUCUGCUGCUUUGAUAGAUGAUUAUCAAAGGAAUGCCAAUUCUGCUGACAAUAUGGAGGUGGAUACCAGCGGUGAUGACACGGGUCACAAGUCACGAAGUGAAAGGUCUAUCCAGCGGCAGGAGUUGCCAAUCACUGAGUACAUCUAUGGUGCAAUGAGCAAGCAGGAAUUGCUGGAAGCUCAAGAGCAAGAGCAGCAAUUGGCUUAUCAGGAUAAACUUAUGGAACGGACAAAGGACAGGAAGAAUGCAUUAGAAUCUUAUGUAUACGACACCCGUAACAAGCUUUCUGAGAGGUACCGGAGCUUUGCUACUGAUUCAGAAAGGGAACAAAUCUCAGUUAAUCUACAACAGACUGAAGAAUGGCUUUACGAAGAAGGUGAUGAUGAGACAGAAGCGGUUUACAGUAGCAAACUUGAGGAGCUGAAAAAGCUUGUAGAUCCAAUUGAAAAUCGUUGUAAAGAUGACGAAGUGAGAGCUGAAGCCACAAGGGACCUUUUGAAGUGCAUUGUUGACCACAGAAUGGCUGCCAGGUCAUUAUCCACACCUGAAAGAGAUGCUGUUGACAAUGAGUGCAAUAAAGCUGAGCAGUGGCUAAGGGAGGGAUCCCAACUUCAAGAAACCUUGCCUAAGAAUGUGGACCCAGUACUUUGGUCCUGUGAAAUCAAGAGAAAGGAAGAAGAGCUGGAUAUGUUCUGUCGAAACAUAGCAAGGUAUAAGGGCUCUCCAGCAAGGACAGAUGGCAGCAGGGGUUCAGAUCACAUGCCUACACCGGAUAGAGAUUAGAUAUAUUCACGAGGUUUCUUCACUGUACGGCCACACUUGUCUUAAUCAUUUUGUAGCAAUAUAUGAAUGAACGACUUUUUGCUAACACCGUCAUAUAAUCGACUCUGUACCACACUAGGCCCGCCAUUGGCUGACCGCUUCUUGGUUCUCCAAGGUGUAGUUUUCACUUGAGAGCCUACUAAUCAUGAUUAUUGAUACCUGUGAAUUCUUUUGCUGUACUCGGACCAAGGCUGUCGUCUGCUUGUGCUGAAUGAACAGGAAAACUAAAAGGAAAUUGUAUGCAGUAGAUAUUGCUGACGUCGUUUGUUUUUUUUAGCUUGGCAUAUUUAUGCUUUAAUUUGUUGAUCCCAGAAAGUUACCCUUUUAUCUUUUUGUUAAUACCUUGUAUGGUGUACAUUGAUGGUAAUUCCUUCGCACACUUAUAUUUUUUUAUGAUGAAACAUGGCAUUUGAAA